AUGGCGGCUGUGGAUUUCUCGAAUGUCUACUCUGCUACUUAUAGUAGUGUCCCGGUCUUCGAAUUCAAACUCGAUGGCGAAAGCGUUAUGCGAAGGCGGUCCGAUGACUGGAUAAAUGCCACACACAUUUUGAAAUUAGCUGGAUUUGACAAGCCUGCGAGGACGCGCAUUCUGGAGCGGGAGGUGCAGAAAGGAGUCCAUGAGAAGGUGCAAGGUGGUUAUGGCAAAUACCAAGGAACAUGGAUACCCCUCCCUGAAGGUCGUAUGCUCGCCGAGCGUAAUAACAUAAUCGACAAGCUAAGGCCGAUAUUCGACUACGUGGCUGGAGACCGGAGCCCACCACCUGCCCCGAAACAUACAACAGCGUCAAAACCGAGAGCUACAAAGAAUGCAGGGACUAGGAGGAUCGUCAAUGAAGAGGUUUUUAGUGCUAAACCUCGGAACAUGGCACCGCCCCCCAUUACCUAUGAACACUAUGAGAUGGUCCAGGGAUUUGAUGAGGAUGAAUCUAUCGAACAGGCAACCCUCGAGUCUUCAUCCAUGAUCGCGGAUGAGGAGAUGAUGCCGAUGUCUCAGAAUGGUGCUUACUCCCGGAAGCGUAAGCGUGGGAUAAACGAGGCUCCAGCCAUGUCGAUUACUGAACAGGAACACAUCCUCUAUGGUGACCAGCUCUUGGAUUAUUUUAUGACGGUCGGAGAUGCUCCUGAAGCCACGCGUGUUCCUCCGCCACAGCCACCUACCAACUUCCAGGUCGAUCGUCCAAUUGAUGACUCCGGCAACACUGCUCUUCAUUGGGCAUGUGCUAUGGGUGAUUUGGAAAUCGUGAGAGAUCUACUCCGGAGAGGGGCGGACGUGAAGGCACUAUCCAUCCACGAAGAAACACCACUUGUGCGUGCUGUAUUGUUUACAAAUAACUACGAGAAGAAGACUUUUCCGGCGCUAUUGGAGCUUCUCCUUGACACGGUCUCAUUCCGGGACUGGUUCGGCGCUACCCUCUUCCACCACAUAUCGGAGACAACAAGGAGCAAAGGGAAAUGGAAGAGCUCGCGAUAUUACUGUGAGAUACUGCUAGAAAAGCUACGCGUCACAUGCUCUAUCGAGGAGGUCGAUCUAUUGCUUUCCUGUCAGGAUUCAAACGGGGACACUGCUGCUUUGGUUGCUGCUCGGAACGGUGCCUUUCGCUUGGUGGAUUUACUGCUUGCGCGUUGCCCACGGGCUGGUGACCUGGUGAACAAGAAGGGCGAAACAGCUGCAAGUAUUGCCCGACGUGUCGCCCCUCAUGAGCGUGACAUCCCACAUCCACCAUCAUCUAUAACGAUGGGGAAUGAUCAGAUGGAUGGCGAGGUCACUGCACCUGUCAACUCUGAUAAUGCACCCGCAGCCCCUCCACAGGAUCCAUCUGCCGCUACCGCGGUCCUGCUUUCUAAAAUAGGUGUUAUCAUGGCCGAGGCGAACAAGAAGCUCACUUUGAGCUACGGAAGCUCCAAGGCAAACCAGCAAGAUUCAGAUGAUGUUGCAAACCCAGAAGCGUUAUACGAGCAAUUAGAAUCCGAUCGACAGAAGAUACGAAAACAGGCCGCUGUAUUCGUGGCGAAAGAGGCGCAAGACGAGCCGUUCAACACACAAAUCGAUCGAUACGAACAGUUGAAAAGUCGCUAUGAAUCGCUCCUCGAGCGUAUUCAGCAGGCUCGUCUGAAAGAAAGGAUUACGACAACAGCUCUGCCGGAGAAGGAAAGCACAGCGACACCUGCAACGGAUCAGGAGAGCCUCAUCCACACAUACCGACUGGCGCAGCAAUUGUGCGCCGCUCAAAAGGCUCGGUGCGCGGCUGUCAAGGAUCUUGCGCAACAGACGGCCGAUGCAGGCGUAAGCACCAAAUUCGACGUUCAUCGCAAGCUGGUCGCACUUGCAACCGGCCUGAAAGAGGAAGAAUUAGACCCGAUGGCUGCAGAGCUAGCCGAAACAUUGGAGUUCGAUCGCAUGAACGGAAAAGCUGCAGGGGUUGAUUCACCGGAGCCAGAGGCUAGGGAAUCGGCCACUUUCCCCCUGCCUGGUCCAGCGGUAUCUGUGGAUGCCUGA